AUGUCAGAUCAGCUGUUCCAUCAAAUUAUAACCUAUAAAAAAUAAACCGAUUCAAAAUAGUGUAAUUUUAAAAUUUCCUGAAAGAUUGUAUUUCAGUGUAUAUCAAGUCGGACAUAAACACAACAGUCGAACAGUGAAUAAAUAUUUUUUUUCCUUCAGUUACAUUAUGUCACUUACAAGAAUAGUAUUUUCACGGUCUCUAUUCACCGCUGAAAAGCUUACUUUAUUUCGAAGAUGUAGUUCACAAAACGGUGUCAACUUAUCAGAUCCUGCUGUCCAGGUUUACUUAAAAAAUGUGAUGUUGGAGCAUGAAAAACUACUCAUCAAACUAAAAAGAACGCCAGAAGAGGCCAGGCGGUUGUUUGAGAUAAAACCAAUUGUAACUGCGCUAGAGCAGCGGAUCACCUUGUAUGACAACAUCGAAAACCUCAAAGAGCUUAGUAAAAAACAGAGCAAUGAGAAAGAUGACGAAAUGAAGGAGAUGAUAAAAGAAGAAGCUCAGAUAUAUUUGAAGCGUAUGACAGAAGUGGAUAAUGAGUUGCAGUCGAUUCUCUUGGAGCCCCAGCUGUCGGACGGCGGAGUACUGCUGGAGGUGACGGCUGGCGCUGGCGGACAAGAAGCUAUGUUAUUUGCGCGGGAACUGUUCGACAUGUAUGAGCUCUACGCCAGGUACAAAAAUUGGGAAGUUUGCAUUGUUUCUCUUGAAGAAUCAGACAUUGGAGGUACUAGGAAAGCCUCAAUGUUUAUUGACGGGCAUGGCGUGCCAGAACUAAUGAAAGUUGAAGCUGGCGUGCACCGUGUACAACGUAUCCCUAGUACCGAGAAGGGUGGACGUAUUCACACAAGCACUGUCUCGGUAGCAGUCCUUCCGAAACCAACAGAUGUAGAAGCCAAUAUCCCAGAAAGGGACUUGGUCAUUGAAACCAAACGUGCAAGUGGUGCGGGUGGCCAGCAUGUGAAUACCACAGACAGUGCUGUCCGUAUAAUUCAUACUCCUACGGGUACAGUUGUGGAGUGUCAAGAAGGUAGAUCACAAAUAAAAAAUAAAGAAAUUGCUAUUCAAAAGUUAAGAACACUUUUACUUGAAAAGCAGCAACAAGAGCAAACAUCAAAAAUUAACAAUGAAAGGAAAUCACAGAUUGGCUCCAGUAACAGAAAUGAGAAGAUUCGGACGUACAAUUACCCACAAGACCGCGUGACAGAGCACCGGGAGGGUGGUGGCACCGUUCACAAUCUACAGGGCUUCAUGGAAGGCCAACACCAAUUGGAACAGAUGCAGGAGAAUCUGUUAAGGGCCCAGAAACGUCAGGCAUUCUUAGAGGAGAUCAGUGAAUUUGCAAAACAAAUAAAAUCAGCAGAUAAUAAUUAAAACCUUUGUGUGAGCAGUCAUAUUAAAUUAUUUAAGGAUAGGAAUAGCAUUGACAUUUUAUAUUAGUUUUGUUUGAGAAUUAAUUAAAUAAUUUUAUUGUUAGUCACAAA